AUGGCAAGUUUCCUGGAUUUUUUGCAAAUCAACAAAGACAAGACAUUUCGUCCGAAGAAGAAGUUUCCUGUUGGGACACUACGGUAUAAUUUGCACAAGCAAGCCCAAGCCACACUCCAUUCCGGGGUUGAUUUGCAAGCAGCAGUUCGAUUACCGGCAAAUGAACAUUUUGAAGACUGGUUGGCUGUUCAUACAGUGGAUUUUUUCAAUCGAAUCAAUCUGCUGUACGGUAUCAUAUCGGAUGUUUGUACGAGAAAUUCCUGUCCGACAAUGAGCGGAGGAGCACGAUACGAGUAUCUUUGGCGGGAUGGCGUCAAUUACAAGAAACCAACAAGACUGCCAGCACCUGAAUACAUAUUUCUGUUGAUGGACUGGAUUGAAAUACGAAUAAAUAAUGAAGCAAUUUUUCCUUCAAAUGCUGAAGUACCAUUUCCACGUGAUUUCCGACAAACAUGUACAAAAAUAUUAACUCGAUUAUUUCGAGUGUUUGUUCAUAUUUAUAUUCACCACUUUGAUCGCCUGUCGCAACUAGGAGCUGAACCUCAUGCCAAUACGUUAUACAAACAUUUUUAUUAUUUUAUCACUGAGCACCAGAUGGUUUCACCGCGUGAACUGGACGCUCUGAAGGAAAUGACCGAGCGACUAAUUGUUAGCUCCGGAAAUCGUCGGAUACGCAUCCAGUAA